AUGUCGUCCGAGUCACGGUCCGAGCUAAUAGCCCGCUUCCCCAUUGUUCGAUACGUCCCCAUACCUGACACUGGGUACUAUGAUUUGACAUCUUUCCCCGAACGGUUGGGCGAGUCACCUGUGCAGAAUGUUUACCUCGAGGCGCAUAAUGCACGAUGUGACAUUUGUUUGGUGGAUUUUGACCCUCCUCCGAGCAAAAUUUUGCAUACCGUCGCCGAGAUCGAGUCUGAUCCUCUUAUACAGCUUCCAUGUUCUCAUGUAUUCCAUAAAAGCUGUAUUGGCAACUGGCUUCUUGGAACAUCGCAAUCCACGUGUCCUUCAUGCCGCGCAAACGUCAUUCAAAUGGAACGUAGUGGUAUUCGGAAUCACGGCAAUCGGUCUGUGCCGAUAUCGAAACGCCCCGAAACUUCUAUAGAGCAAUCUAUGCGCGAACUAUCACCGUCACCCUCCCUAACCAGCCACAAUAGUCCUUCACAUGUGUCGGAACGCCCCGGAAUUCCUAUGGAGCAAUCUAUGGGUAGAUUAUCACCGUCACCCUCCAUGACCAUCCACAAUAGUCAUUCACGUGUAUUGACACGCUCCCAAACUCCUAUGGAGCAAUCUAUGGGCAGACUAUCACCGUCACCCUCCCGGACCAUCCACAAUAGUCAAUCACAGGACUCAUUGCCGUUCCCACCUGUUUGCCCAUCAGCCUCAAGCCAAAACUCUUUGCGCCCAACUCGGAGAAGGCCGAAGCGCCAAUUUCUUGCCAACGGUGAGGCAAUAACAUUUAAGCUAUUUCGUGUUGCCUCAACUUCUUGA